AUGGGAGCACUGAGUUUUUCUAAAUCCCGUUGUAGUGAAUCUUUACGUGGAGCAUACGAGACAAAUCCUAUUGUGUCGAAACUUAGAGAUGAUGUCCGAUCAGGCCCACCGCACAACGAGACGACGCCGAGCAUCACUUUGACCGAAACAACGACCAAAACAACGAUAACGACACCACAGCCGGGAUUUUCAAAACGUGUCACGGAGACGCAUUGUAAGACUAAACAGGUGAAGGUAUGCCCUGAAAGGAGAGGUAUGUUGCGCUCAUUCGUAGUGUAG